CCCGGCGGCAGAGGGCGCCUGGCGCUGCGGUCCGGCGCGCCAGAGCCGCCCGCGCGGGCGCCGAGAGGAGAAGCGAGGCGGGGAGCGCAAGCGGCGGCGGCCACUGCCACGUAUUCCCGGCAGUGGUGGCGGCGGCGGCGGCGGCGCCCGCGGGCAGGAAUAACUCAAGUCACCUGUACUGGAAAUCAGUUUGCUGAAAUUAUUCAAUCAACGAUUCUUGAAGUUGAAGAAAAGUUGUUCUCUCUACAGGAGGUUCCAGACUUGACAAGAGGAGUGUGGCCUUUCCUGGAAUCCCUGUGGACACACCCUCCUAGCAUCCUCCAGGGAAAGAUGCGGCAGCUCAAAGGGAAGCCCAAGAAGGAGACCUCCAAGGACAAGAAGGAGCGGAAGCAAGCCAUGCAGGAGGCCCGGCAGCAGAUCACCACAGUGGUGCUGCCCACGCUGGCCGUGGUUGUGCUCUUGAUCGUGGUGUUUGUGUACGUGGCCACGCGCCCCACCAUCACUGAGUGAGCCCUGCAGCCAGCCGCGGACCCCAUCGGCUAGGAGAAGAGGCACGGGAGGGGGAUGCAAACAAAAAAUGGCUUUCAUAUUCAGAGAUGUUCAUGUUGCUGAGCUGUAAGCAGGAGCACCCUGUCUUCUCUGCUCUUUGACUUGAUUAAAGUAUCUCUGCUUUCUUGGGAGGGAAUAGGGGAUGUUUUAUCAGUGAAUGUGCCAUACACCUUAUGGUCCACUUCAUGUGCCUUUCAGACUUCAAAGCACGCGCGCGCGUGCGCGUGUGUGUGUGUGUGUGUGUGUGUGUGCGCGCGCUUCUUUUUCUCUCCUAAGAAUCGAUAAGUAGCUCCACCUGAAGAGGGGCGGAACCUCUGGGUCAGGAAGCAGCUGGAAUCCACACUCACCUCAUUCCCAUUGUUUGGAUCAUGCCUCUUUCCAACACGUGUUCACAAUCUCCAAAGGGACUGUAUUUCUUCUCUGUGCUUAAUGUGAUUUGAAAUAUGUUGAAUCAAAGUGAAAUAUUUAUUUUUUGAAUAAAGGAGAUAAUAGCCUUAAA